CUCCUGAUCAUAAGAACUUAAACCCCACCACCCCGCCAUUACCCGCUAAUUAACCAUCCAUGGCGGAUUCCUCCCCGUACCACCGCUCUCCAAACAACAAUGGCCGGCCACGGCCGGCCCGCCGCCGCCGCGGCGGUGACAUUCCCCCACCCUCUCCGUUGUCCCGUUCCUUCGGACUCUUCAGCUCCACCGACAUGUCCAUCGUCGCCCCCAGCGGCAGCUUCACCCCAACCCGCCGCCGCCGCCACCCUCCGCCGAACACAGCCUUCGCCGCCGACGGCGACGUGUCAUGGCAGGGCGAGGUGUCGUGGCAGUACCAGCCCACGGGCUACAUGAACGACAGCCGAAGCUUCGGCGCAAUUUUGAGCCCAUGGGCCGGUGCUACACCUGCGGCCCACCGGGCCAUGCGGAGAUCGGCCCAGGACUUUUAUCUCUCUCGCACCCGCGGCGGGCCCGGAAACGGGCCGACCUCCUCGUACUACGAUCGCUCCGGGAUUAGCGCCAGCGGAAGGCUUCCCUUGCAGAGCUACAAAGACGGCGGCGACUACGCCGAAGAUAACAACAGUCUCAUCGUUAAUGUCAGAGAUUACGACCUGCCGCCUAUCCCGCCGCCGCCUCCGUAUGUUCAGGAGGUUUCUCCUCAAUCGAGGCAGCUGGAAGCCAUCAGGGAGCGGCAGAGUAGGGAAGGCAGCAUCGACGUCGAUUUCACCGCCGGAAAAAAUCGUGGAGAUCGGAGAGAAUCGAGGUGGAAUUCAGUUUCCAACGCUUACGCUGAUGUGCCGAUUAGCCCCGGGAUUCCUGAUCGGAGUUAUGGAGAUUUCGAUCGGAGCGGCGGCGGAGGGGGUAAAUACGAGGACGACGAUUAUGAUUACGAUGACGAGGAAGGAGAAGAAGAGGAGGAAGAAGAAGAAGGAGAAAGGAAGCUGGUUGGAUUGAUCGGUUUGUUCAAGUACUCGAGCAAAUGGGACGUGUGCCUUCUGUUCUUGGGCUGUGUGGGAGCUCUCAUCAAUGGCGGCGCUCUUCCUUGGUACUCUUUCCUGUUUGGCAACUUCGUCAACAAAAUUGCAAAGGACACCAGCGAUCAGAUGAUGGACGAUGUUCGCGAGAUAUGCUUUGCAAUGACGGUACUUUCAGUAGUGGUGAUGUUUGGAGCAUACGUAGAAAUCACCUGUUUUAGAUUGGUGGGAGACCGGUCAGCUCAUCGAAUAAGGACCAAGUAUCUCCGAGCAGUUCUGAGACAGAACAUUGGUUUCUUUGACACUGAAGUUGGCACAGGGGACAUAAUGCACGGAAUUGCAAGUGAUGUUGCACAGAUCCAAGAAGUGAUGGGGGAGAAGAUGGCGAAUUUCGUUCAACAACUAUUCACCUUCUUCUGUGGCUAUGUCGUUGGAUUCUUGAGAUCAUGGAAGGUAUCUCUUGUGGUCUUCUCGGUCACCCCACUGAUGAUGUUCUGUGGCAUUGCCUAUAAGGCUGUCUAUGUUGGCCUUGCUACAAAAGAAGAGGCUGCAUAUGUUAAAGCUGGCACUGUGGCUCAGCAAGCCAUUAGCGCGAUCAGGACUGUGUUCUCUUUUGUUGCUGAGGACAAUUUGUCAGCUAAAUAUUCUGAGUUGUUGGCGAAUUCUAUUCCCAUUGGAGCGAAGAUUGGAUUUGCGAAGGGGGCAGGAAUGGGAGUCAUUUACUUGGUUACAUAUUCCACAUGGGCAUUGGCUUUUUGGUAUGGAGCAAUCUUGGUCUCAAGAGGGGAGAUCUCUGGAGGUGAUGCUAUUGCAUGUUUCUUUGGAGUCAACCUAGGGGGAAGAGGACUGGCUUUGUCGCUGUCAUAUUUUGCUCAGUUUGCACAAGGCACGGUAGCAGCAACACGUAUAUACGAAAUUAUAGACCGAGUUCCGGAGAUCGACCCUUACAGUCCCGAAGGAAGAACAUCAUUGAGUACACGUGGAAGGAUCGAGUUCAAAGGUGUCACCUUUGCUUAUCCAUCUCGUCCAGAUGCUCUAAUCCUGCGCUCCAUCAAUCUGGUUAUCCCAUCUUCAAAGACACUUGCCCUAGUUGGUGCUAGUGGAGGUGGGAAAUCCACUAUUUUCGCUCUUAUAGAAAGGUUCUAUGAUCCAGUUUCAGGAGUGAUUAGCUUGGAUGGUCAUGACUUGAGGACACUGCAGGUCAAGUGGCUUAGAAGUCAAAUGGGAAUGGUGGGACAAGAGCCAAUCCUCUUUGCUACAAGCAUUAUGGAGAAUGUUUUAAUGGGGAAGGAGGAUGCCACAGAGAGAGAAGCGAUCAAAGCCUGUAUUGCUGCGAAUGCUCACGACUUUGUAUCAGCUCUUCCGCAGGGCUACGACACUCAGGUUGGCGACAGGGGAACACAGCUUUCAGGAGGACAGAAGCAGCGAAUUGCGUUAGCUCGCGCCAUCCUCAAGGAUCCCACCAUCCUUCUCUUAGACGAACCCACAAGUGCACUAGACCCUGAAUCCGAAUCCGCAGUCCAGAAAACCAUCGACAAGAUCUCACUCGGAAGAACAACAAUCGUCAUCGCUCACAGACUAGCCACAGUGAAGAAUUCCAACACCAUUGUCGUCCUCGACCAAGGCUCCGUAGUCGAGAUAGGCAAUCACCGUCAGCUCAUGGACAAAGCCGGCUGCUACUACGACCUCGUCAAGCUUGCCUCCCAAGGAGCCACAUCGAAACAUGCUGGCCUUGACACGGAGAAGUCGAAGGCUACGUACGAGAAGUCUGGUAGUGAUGUCAAGGCCCCGUUUGAGAAAUCUAGGUCUAUGUCAAGGCCAGAGGAUCCUGAAACAACAGCAGCACAGCAAACUCGUAAACCGACGGAGAAGUUUAGACUUUCGGAGGUGUGGGCUCUUCAGAAGCCAGAGGCUUUAGCACUUGCGCUUGGCUUCAUUGGAGCUAUCCUAGCUGGAGCUAUCCUGUCCAUAUUCCCCUUCCUCCUAGGCCUAGCCCUUCAGGUCUACUUCGACGAUGACCCUCCGAAGUUGAAGAAAGACGUUGGGAAUCUCGCCUUAGUCAUUCUUGGUCUCGGCGUUGGCUGCAUUCUCACAAUGACAAGCCAACAAGGCCUCUGCGGAUUUGCCGGAACUAAACUGACGGUUCGAGUUCGAGAACUCUUGUUCCAGUCCAUUCUGAGACAAGAACCGGGUUGGUUCGACUCCGAAGAAAACUCCACAGCAGCACUCAUCUCGAAACUAUCAAUCGAUUGCGUCACUUUCCGAUCAGCCCUCGGUGACCGAUUCUCGGUCCUGUUCAUGGGUCUAAGCUCAGCCGCCGUGGGCCUUGGUUUAUCAUUCUUCCUUCAAUGGAAGCUCACUCUAGUGGCAGCAGUUCUAACCCCCUUCACUCUCGGCGCAAGCUACCUGAACUUGAUCAUUAACGUGGGUCCAAAGCUAGACAAUGCAGCCUACACCCGAGCCAGCAACAUCGCCUCAGGGGCUGUCUCCAACAUCAGGACGGUAACUACGUUUGCAUCUCAGGAACGGAUAGUUCAGGCAUUCGGACAAGCUCUUGCUGAGCCGAAGAAGAAGUCGGAGAAGAAGUCUCAAAUCUUGGGAGCCACGCUAGGUUUCUCUCAGGGUGCAAUGUACUGUGCGUACACGUUGACACUCUUUUAUGGGGCUUACUUGGUCGACAAGGGGGAGUCAAACUUUGGUGACGUGUACAAAAUCUUUCUCAUCCUUGUUCUGAGCUCAUUCUCCGUCGGACAGCUGGCGGGGCUAGCUCCGGAUACGUCCAUGGCUGCGACAGCAAUCCCGGCUGUGUUCAACAUCAUCUAUCGUCGGCCUUCGAUAGUAAACCCUCGAAAGGCAAAGAAGGUUGACCGAUCCUCGAAGGGGUUGGAUAUCGAGCUGAAGAUGGUGACAUUUGCUUAUCCUUCAAGGCCCGAGGUUACUGUGCUGAGGGACUUCUCAUUGAAGGUUAAAGGUGGUAGCAUGGUGGCUUUGGUAGGAGGAAGUGGUUCGGGGAAAUCAACGGUCAUAUGGUUGGUGCAGAGGUUUUAUGAUCCUAAUCAAGGAAAGGUGAAACUGGGAGGGGCGGAUUUGAGGGAUUUGGAUAUCAAGUGGUUGAGAAGGCAGACGGCGUUGGUGGGGCAGGAGCCUGCUUUGUUUGCUGGAACAAUAAGGGACAACAUUGCGUUUGGAGAACCUAAUGCUUCCUGGGCUGAGAUCGAAGAGGCGGCGAAAGAUGCUUAUAUCCAUAAGUUCAUCAGCAGUCUUCCUGAAGGCUACGAUACUGAGGUGGGUGAAAGUGGGUUCCAAUUAUCAGGAGGCCAGAAGCAGAGACUGGCAAUUGCAAGGGCUAUGCUGAAGAAAUCGAGUGUGCUGCUGCUGGACGAAGCCAGCAGCGCGCUGGACUUGGAAUCGGAGAAACACGUCCAGCAAGCACUCAGCAAUGCCUCCAAACGAGCCACCACCAUCGUCGUUGCCCAUCGUCUCUCGACGAUCAGAGAAGCUAACAUGAUCGCGGUGGUUCAAGAUGGUUCGGUCGUCGAGCAUGGCAAUCAUAACACGCUCCUGAGAUCAAACCUCAACGGCGUCUACGCGAGCAUGGUUCGUGCUGACGCAGAAGCAAGUGCGUUUGCUUGAGCACUAAUAUAUGUUCUUUGGUGUAGAAGGACAACAAUGUAUAAAUGGUGUUAAGGUUGUAUUAUUGUAAGCUGUAAUCUUUUUGUCAAGUGAUGUAGAGAAAAUGUUAUGAAACGUACUUUUUUCUUCUUCUUCUUGGUGGUUAGGGAGGAAGUAUUCAAUAAAUCUUGAAUGGAGUAGAACAUGAAUAUUGAAUACAUUAUGCGGAUUUUUGGUACUCUUAAAUGCUUCAACUACAAGAUUAGUAUGAAACACAUUUUGUCUCUCCCCAGUUGCUUGAAGGAGAAGAUUGGUCCUGAAAACAUUGGCCGGAAAGCACCAUAGCACCAUACAGGUAAAGUGGUACCAACCAAAUUGAUGGAGUGAUCAAGGUUUCUAAAGAGGAGCAAAAUCAAUAGAAAUUAGAAGGUGACUGGGAUUCUUGUUGUAUUGAUUACCGGUACUAAAUUUAAUCUUCAAAAAGUUAUUUAUUGAGAUUUUUUACUUGUUUUUAUUUUAUUUUAAGGUGACAUAUGUUUAUUCUUAAGGUUAGGUGCUACUUAAGAGAUUAGAAUACGAGAUCUCCAAAUUCAAGACUAGUGGUAGUAUAACUAAAUCAAACUUUUGUUUGCUAAAUUAUGACAUGGUUGCCUUAUCCUUCUUGGAUCUUACUCAACGAACUAUGACAUUCAGGCAAAAUGUCAUUCCUCUACGUGCAAUACACCUAGUCGAGGAUCUUACGCCAGUGAUAAUACCACUAAAUCAAACUCUCAUCCGCAACAACAUGACAUGGUUGCUUUAUCCUUCUUACAUCGGACUCCAGUAGCUACAACAUUAGGGCAAAAUAUCAUUCCACUCUGUGCAAUACACUAGUCGAUCGAGUAUCGUACUAGUCGUAUUAUUAAUUCGUCUUCAUGACUUAAGUUUUAUUUUUCAAAAAUUUCAGAUUACACAUAAAUUAGGGUGUGAAAAAGAAAAAGUUUGUAUUUGCACAUAUUUUACCACAUUGGCCCACAUGUUUUGAACCAUCAAUAAUUGUUUCUUGGCUUAAAAGCCAAGAAACUUGUUUGAUGAUUACUUGUCUACCAUGCAAACCCAUCAUUUUUCUAACCUUAAUUUGGUCUGCCAACUGAUUUCCCCAACCAAAAAGGAAACCACUUUUUUGGUCUCUUGCCUUGCCUUGGUACUUACUUGCCUGUCAUAAUAAAGCCUGCAACAGACACAAAUCCUUCUCUUGGCGGAACUUCAAGCCUUUCUCUGUUGUUCAUUCUUUGUUGGAAGUCAGGUCUUGUCUGAGGUACACACUGUUUCUUCUCUUGCCAAUUGGUCACUAGUAAGAUUGUGUUUGUGUUUUUAAUUAUAUCACUUAUUAUUAUUAUUUCUCAGCCUGCUGCAAAUUCAUCUGGUACAUCUACUGCUAUUCUGUCAUGUAUUGGACAAACAAAGGCUUUGACCUUGCUUUGUCAAUUUUGGUCAUAUUGAAGGAAGCCAAAUGGUUUCCUCCGAUUUCCUUGUGGUCUGCAUUUCUUGAUCUUCAAAAACACUGGGGGUUUGACUCCUUCAGACGGGCAUGGUACACAAAUCCAAGCAUUUGGUCGCCAAAAUAGUAGUCAAAUGAGGAUAACCACAUUCUAAUAGCGUUUUGAUAUCAAAAGCUAUCGUUUAAGAUUUUACUAUUUAUUAUGUGGAUUUUUAGUAAUUCUUUCCAAUUUUAGGGGCAUUACUCGCAAGUAUCAUUUUCAUUCUUUUUUCUUACUACUCGUGUUUGCAAAUACCAUCCACCCUGAUUCUAAGCAAUAACACUUCUUCUACACUCUUGUUGGUGAUUAUGCUUUUUGAUUCUUGUUUGUUAAUUCCCGGUUUCUUUGCCAUAUGUAUUGCGUGUAUUUUGAUGAUACAUUUUCCAUUUUAUUAGUCAUUGUGCUUCUUGUUUAUUGGUAUGAUAUAAUUUAAGUUUUACCAUUCAUUAAGUGAUUUUUAUUCAUUCUUUCAAACUUUAGAGGAAUUGUCCAUAAAUGCAUUUUUUUUAUUUUGUCUUUUCUUUUCUUUCUACACACCACUUUACCCUUUUCAAACACCAUUCGUUCAAAAUCCUAAGUAAUUACACUUUUUCUAAACUCUUUUUGGUGAUUAUCCUUCAUUUAUUUCCAAAUUUCUUUGCCAAAUAUAUUAUGUGUAUUUUGAUCGCGCAUAUUAUGGAGAUUAAUUUUCCAUUUUAUUAGUCAUUAUGUUUCUUGAUUAUUGGUAUAUGAAAGUCAUAGUUUAGGUUUACUGAUUUUUUUUGUAAUUCUUACAAAAUUUAAUGAUGUUGAUUAAGUAGCUUCAUCAUGAUCUUGUAUGCAAAUGAACACUCUUUUUUAACCAAUCUUAGGCUAUAUUCUUUUAUUGAUUUACACGAUUGGAAAAUUAUAUUAUGUGAGUAUCUGUUUUUUCUUUUUUAAACAUAUUAAUUCCUAUUUACAAAGACACGAACCUUAAUGAAAUAAGAAUUGAACA